AUGGUGCUCGCCCUCCAGGCUGUACCAGCAGGCUUUUCCGGGAGCUUCAGGAGGUCUCGGGCUUCUGGACGCAUCGAGCACCCCAAACCCUCACCUCUGCUGCUGAACCCGGGCAGCCCAGCUGCGCACGGAGAAAUUAGGCCAGAAUUUGAACUGAGGGACUUAAACCAGACUUGGAGAAAAGCUUUGCCUGCACUAUUGAUUACAUGCUGGUUGCUUUUAAUAUUUAAAACCGACACAUGCAUAGCUGCGUCCAUGGACACUGGAAACUGUCCACGGGGCUGUCAUCUCCCCCGCAUCUACACAGCGAUCUGCAGCAGUGAGCUGGAGAAGGUUCAAGAGAAAGGAGACUCUGGCAUGACCACAGGAGAGAGGAGAUACAGUACUAAACUCAAUGAUUUUCUGGAAUCUAAGGGAUGCUUUGCCAACACAAUGUCCUCUGGCAGAAGUGUCAGCCCCUCAUCUUCUAUUGAAACAGGUCUAAGCGUCAGUGGGCCUUUCAGCCCCGGCAGAGGGUCUGUUCACCCAGACCCUGCUGCAGAUUUGGAUCUGAAAUCCUCCUCCUCACAUUCUGAUCACUCCUCUGAAACCUCACUGCCUGAAGCCCGAAAGGAUAACUAUCCCCAGGAAUUCAGCCUGCUUAAGUUGCAGACAAAAGAUGGGCAGCGUCCUGAGUGGACAUUUUACCCAAGGCUUAGCAGCAACAUCCACACCUACCAUGUUGGAAAGCAAUGUUUCUUUAACGGGGUCUUCCUCGGCAACAGGAGGUCUCUAUCAGAGAGGACGAUGGACAAGUGCUUUGGGAGGAAGAAGUAUGUCAUUGACCCCAGGAAUGGAAUCCCAAAGGUAACUCCAGGAGAUAAUCCAUAUAUGUAUCCAGAACAGAGUAAAGGCUUCCACAAAGCAGGAUCAACUCUCCCACCAGGGAAUUUUUCAAUAAUGCCUUAUGAAAAGAUAUUUGAUACAUUUAUUCCACUUGAGCCUCUUCCACAAAUUCCCAACUUGCCUUUCUGGGUGAAGGAGAAGGCCAACGAGCUGAAGAAUGAGAUAAGAGAAGUUGAAGAGCUUGACAGUUGGCAGCCAGCGGUCCCCUUGCUACAGAGUUUGCUACCUGCUGGUGGGUCAAAGAACCUUCAAAAAGUAGCAUAAAAACUGGAGGCAAGCCCAGAAGAGCAGGCUUUUGAGAGGCUUCGCAAUGGAGACGAGAGAGGCAGAGAGCCUCUUCCAGAGUGGAUGGUGCCCUUUGCCCCGAGAUGGCCCUUGGGCAGAUGUCAUGGUCGUGUGUCACCGUGUGUGGUUGAGAACUGUUAGUCUUGUAAUGGAGCACAGCCUUUAACUCCGUGCCUCUAUCCACAGGUUCUUUGGACUUUCCAAGAGAAUCUUGAACAGGAACAGGUCCAGGAAGCAGGCACUGACUGUCCUCUGGAGAGCCUUUUCCUGUUAAUUGAUUCUGUUAGUGCGACUGUUCUAAAUCAAAUGUUUGACUUGGAUGCAGAAUCACUGUGUUUUGCCUCUUUUAACUUUUUUUUAUUGGCCGCGCUGCACGGCUUGUGGGAUCUUAGUUUCCCGACCAGGGAUUGAACCCGGGCCCUCCGCAGUGAAAGUGCAGAGUCCUAACCACUGGACCGCCAGGGAAUUCCCUUAAGUUUAUAUUUUGAAAACUUUCAAACUGAUAGAAAAGUUGCGAGAAUCGUACAACAAACAGAC